AUGCGCACAUGGAUUUCGAGACGUUAUCUUUACGAUGCAACGGAUGGUGCAGACCAAGAAAUGGAUAUUUGGAAAGAAAUUGUCUUGGACGAUUUUUCUUCAAUAACGCCAAAUGAUAAUGAGGACGAUGUUGAAAUAAAUAUAGACUGGAGUGACGUACCCUUUGACGAUUUAGACGAGUCGGUGCCAAACGAAAAUGAAGAAGCCGACAUAACCUUUGACGAUUCAGACGAAAAUGAAGAAGCCAACGAUAGCAUGGACAUAGACUCUCCGUUGAUGCUGGAUGAAGGAGAUAUAAAUAACAAUAAGAAAAGAAGAUUAGCAAUUCUUACCCCAUGCGUGCUUCUGGUUAAGGACAAAAAAAAAUGA